GGCCAUGAGCGCCGAGCGGGAGGCCGGGGCCUGCGCUGCGUUCUACGGGGCUCUGGGCAUCGCGCAGCCCGUGCUCUCCUGCCUGAGCUGCCUGCGGCGAUUCGCGGGGAGUACUGCCAAGAGAUGCAAGGACAAGCACCUGGAAGAGGCUCUUCUGCUGUCACGGUCACUGAGCGAGAGCCUGCGGGUGCUGGGUGAGGCAGAGGCACAGCCCCUGCUCCGCUGUGUCCUGGCUUUCCAGAUGGAGGCAACAGGCAGCUCCAGUUCCUUCCAGAAACUGGAACAGAUUGUGACUCAGUUGGCAGUGGGGAAGGAAACCUUGCUGGCCCAGGAGGUGAACAUGCUUCUGACUAGCCUGGUGCUGCAGGGAGAGGUGAGAGCACCCCAGGUGCUGUCUCCUGGAGACCUUCAGUCAGUGUGCAUGUUCCUGGAGGAGAGCAGCCUGGGUCGGCAGCACUGGCAACAGAACCUGCCCCUGCUGCUGCAGCACCUGGUCACCACCUUGCACUGGGUGCUGCAGAGCCAGCCCACACCCGGCAGCACAUGGGACUACCUGGCUGUCAAGGCCUGCCUCCAGCUCUUCCAGGCACUGCCAAAGGAUGUGGCCCCCCUGGCAUGGAGCACAGCAGGGAAGAGCGAAGCCCUGCAGAGCCUCUUGGGGCUGCUGCUGGAGGUGGCCUGGGGGAAGGCCCCCAGCAAGGACACGCGGCUGCUGGCGGGCACAGCUCUGAGCAUGUUGGUGAACACGGCCCUGCAGCCCGAGCACGGGGCCCAGGCUGUGCUGUCCCUCUUCCAGCUCCCUGACCCAGGUGUGGGGGAGCUGAAGUUUGGGGAGUUGGUGGUGAAGGCUCCCCCCAGCGUGGAGCCAGAUGGGCUGGAGAAGCUGGUGCUCACUAGGGGUUUGCUGACGUGCUGCAAGGCAGACAUCCUCAGCUGCCAGCUGGAGAGCUUCACCAACAAGGCCUGCCUGCUGCUGGACGUGGUCUUUCCUGCUGUGUGUGCCCUGACCAAGGAGCAGGACUGCCACUACUACUGCUUCCAAGCCUGUGCCCUGUGGCUGCAGCGGCUGCAGGGGAGCCUGCCUGCCCUCUGGCACCUGCUGGGAACCUGCCUCCUGGCCCAGGACACCAAGCUCCUCCAGCAGCUCACCCAGCUGGUGUGGGACAAUGCCGAGAUGCCGGUGGAAGGAGUGUCCGAGUUCAUUCACAGCUCCUUCCGACUGCUCCUGGAGAUCUACCACCUUGAGUGCCAGCACUUCCAGGACCAGGAGAGACCCCUCUACCAACAGAUGCUGCAGAGGGUCAUCUCAAUGCCAUGGCAAAUCAAAGCCAGAUAUGUGCCCCUGUGUGCCAUUGUUCCCUAUGUGGGCAGCCAGCAGGUGCUGGAUGCCUACCCGGACCUGCCGCAGCACCUCCUGAGCUGCCUCUCCACCAACCACCUGUGUCCCGCAGCCGCCGAGGUGUACAGGGCCCUGGUGCGGCAGCAGCGCGCCGAGGGGCAGGGCGGGGAGGCGGCCCUGGCAGAGCGGUGGGCUCGGACCUGGCUGCCCCUGCUCUCCCAGGCGCUCCGCUCCCCCCUGCCCAUCCUGCAGAGCAACGCUGCCAACCACCUCCUCGCCUGGACCCUGCGGCAGCUCCCGGCUGCCCACGCAGCCCUGGCUGCCCAGUUCGGUGGGCAGGACACGGAGUCGCUCCGGGCUUGGGUGACGGUGCUGAAGGCUCAGAAGAGCGUGUCGGGGGUCCUGCCGCUGCGGGGCGAGAGGCUGGAGCGGCUCUGCUGCUGCCUGGGCAGCCGCGACGACAGCGUUCGGCUGGCGGCCCUGGGGCUCCUCUGCUGCAGCCCCAGCACCAACCGGCCCCUCUCGGGCACCGAGCUGCGGCUGCUGCGGGACUUCCUGCCCCUCAACCUCAACUGCGGCUCCUCCUCGUUCCGGCAGCUGCUGCAAGCGGCCGUGAGGAAGGCGCUGGUCCGGCUGCGGGACAGCUCGCUGGCCCUGCUGAGAGGGAAGGUGCCCCCGGGCACCCAGCCGGGCGAGGGAGCGGAGCAGCUCGCCCAGGCAGUAGACUUUGUGGAGUGGCUGCUGCAGCUCAGCAUCGCCUCGCUCAGCCCGGGCUCCAACUACCAGAGGAAGAAGACGGCUCUGCUCCUCCUGGCUGCUGUUUUGGAGACCUGCACGGACACCUGGAGCCCCGACAGGAAAAAGGGUCAGCCCCCACGGACCAUAGCCACGCUGCUGAGCUAUGCCAGGCAGAGCAGCUGCUGGGACUUCUUCUCCCAGCCCAAUUUGUUGGCACUGCUGAGUUGCUUGCAGGACAGCACUAAUGAGAUCAGAGACUUGGCCUCAGAGUUGCUCGUCCGCUACUUCCCCGCCACGUUCCCAGAGCCCAUCACCCUGGCUCUCUUCCAGCUGGCCCAGGAUGCCUUGGGCAGCCCACGAGUGCAAGAGGCUGAAGCUGGAGCUGUGCUGAUGAAGACCAUCCUGCAGAAGUCCGACAGCAGCAUCAUGAAGAGCCUGGCCCUGGAGGCUGAAGCAGCCCCAACGCUGCCCAGCCAUGGUCUGUGCUUGGUUCAGCACCUUCUCCACAUGCUGCAAACCCAGUACACCAUGGCAUGUCAGGACCUGCUGCAGGCAGCAGCCUCUGCACCAAUGCACGGAGCUAUCACAGCCCUGCGGAGGUGCCUGCUCCAGGUGCCAGAGGUGGCUGCCUCCAUGCGGGCAGCAGAGCUGAGGCAGAGCUGGCAGGAGCUCCUCACCCACCUCGUGACCACGGUGAGAGACAUCACCUCCUUCCUCCUGGGUACUCUGCAGAGCCAGCAAGGCCCUGGUGCCACUGAGCAAGCUGCUGCCCCAUCAUUCGCAGACAUGGGGAAUGCCAUUGGCUCCCUCAUCACACUGGGGAAAGGCCAGGGCCAUGAGGAAGAGGAGGACUCAGUCCUGCUUUCAGAGGAGCACAGCCUGAUCCUGACCUGCUGCUGGGUAUCAGUGAAGGAGAUAGGGCUGCUCCUGGGAGGCCUGGCUGAGCUGCUGCUGGCCCCGGAACUGCCAGCUGGAUCAGGGACCCUCCUGCCACUCCCCACCCUGCAGAUGGCUGCAAAGGUGUUCCAGGAAAUCCUGCUGCGGUGUCGGCACUGGGGAGCCGUGGAGGGCUGCAGCAUGGGCUUCACCAAGUUUUGUGCUGCUCUGCUGAACCACCCAGACGCCGAGCUGCGGGCGAUCCCACAGACCAUGCUGGAACAGGGCUUAGAAGCACUGAGUGGCCCCCGGAGCAGCUCGAUCACACGCCGUGCUGCUGGCUUCCCCAUGCUCUUCCUCUGCAUUGUCAGUGGGGAGGCCCCAGCCCAGGCACGGCCACUGCUAACCCGCUGCGUCCAGACACUGCUGGCUUUGGCCACCACAGCUCUGCCACAGGACUGGGACCAGACCCUUGACCUCCCACAGGUGUGUGCCCUCCACGUGCUGCAGACCCUGGUCCGUGGCACAGGGCUGGGCAGCGCGCUGCUGCGGCACGUCACGCCGAUGAUGGCCCUGGCACUGCAGGGCUUGGGCUCGCCCUGCUGGGCCAUGAGGAACGCAGCCAUCCAGCUCUUCAGUGCCCUCAUGUCCCGGCUGCUGGGCCAGCAGCGGAGCUGUGGGGAGGGCUGCCCAGCAGAGGGGGUGAGCCUGCAGGCCUUCCUCGGGCAGCACCCCGAGCUGGGUGAUGUGCUGCUGAGCCAGCUGGGGGCGGCCACAGCGCCCGUGCUGGAGGGGCCCUGCCUGCACCCUGCCCUCCACGCCGUCCUCACCCUCCUGGCUCAACUGCAGCCCGGCGCUGAUGGCCCCGGCAGCCCCUCUGCUCGCUUCCUGGAGCCGCUGCUGGGGCUGGUGGGGAGCCCCAUCUACGCCGUACGAGCGAUGGCCGCUAAGGCACUGGUGCCGGUCGUCCCACCCCCCCAGCGCCGGGGGCUCCUGCUGCAGCUGGCCCGGCAGCUGCCCCCCGCGCCCGGGGGGGUCCGCUCGCACAACGCCGUCCACGGGCGCCUGCUGCAGAUGCGGGCGCUGCUGGCCCCUGCCCCAGGCACCGAGGGGCAGCCGGCCGAGGCGCUGCGCCCCGUGGCUCUGCAGCUGGAGGAGCGGGGCUGGCUGCUCAGCCCUGCCCAGCGCUGCCCGCUGCUCCGCGCCGCCUUCCUCCAGGUGCUCGCCCUCCUGCCCGCAUCCCUGAGCCCCGGCUUUGCCCAGAGCAUCCGCGACGCUGUCAGCACGGAGCUGGGCAGCCCCCUGCCGGGGGGCAAACCGGGAUGUGCCGAGCUGCAGGUGGGCUUGGCCACCCUCCACCAAAGCAUGGCCCGCUUCGCGUGCAGCGAGGCAGCCCGGCUGGGGGACAGCGGGUGGAUUGGCACUGUCUGCUCGCUUCUCCGGCAGCCGAAUUCCGAUGUCCAGGUUGCCAUCCUGAGCUGGGUGAUCGACAGGGAGGGAGGAACACGCAAGGAGCUGGAGAAGGCUCUUGGGCUGGCGCUGCUGGAGAGCUUGGGGUCGGUGCUGCAAGAGAGAAAGGACAAAGAGUUCCUGAGAUUGUACCUUGAGGCUUUGCUGCAUCUUUACAGAGAUCCUUCAUCAUGGUCCCAGGAAGCUUCCAGUAAGCUCCAGGGCUCAUCAGCAGCAUGUCUGGAGAUGCUGCUGGACAUGAUGGAGGCUGAGAGUGCUGGCCCAGACCUCCUCUUCCAGGCACUGUGUGCCACCAGCCUGCUGCUCGCCAACCGGUUUGAGGACGAGGACAGCACCCUGGUUGAGAGAUGGUGCAGGGUGCUGGAGUGGUGCAGCCGUUCUGCUUCGCCCGAAGUGCUGCGGCUGGCGGCCGCCCGCUCCCUGCAGGCUGCCGGUGCUGCCGUGGUGCGGCGGUCCCUGCGCGCCCGGCCCGGCCCCGCGGCUCUGCGGCUGGUAAAUGUGGGCAUUCACCUUCUGCAAGAUGAGGAGCGGGAGGUCCGGCACGAGGCCUCAGGUUUUGCCAGCCUCCUGAGGCCAGACCCCAGCCUGGCACUCCGAGAUGGCUGCAUCCUUGUGCAGGACAACGUGGGGCUCCUGGACCUCCUGCAUCUCCUCCUGGCAGAGUUUGGGGAGCUCCCUGAAACCUUUGACUUGCUGCUGCAGCAUCUCCCCAUCCUAGAUCUCAGGAGCAUCGUGGAGGAGCUGGAGGACAACAAAGCCAGCAGCCUCUACAAGGAAGAUGAACCCAAUGUGUUUGCGGAGCCGGCUGUCCUGGGCCGCCAGCUGCUCCCUGUCCUGCUGCAGCUCCUGGAGAAGGCUGCCACCAGCCACCCGCUCCAUGCCUCAGCCCUGAGCUGGCUGGCAGCCACGGGCCCUGGUGUCCUGCGUGACCUGCGGUACUGCCAGCACCACUGGAGCCGAGAGGCUGCUGCCCACCUGGGGAUGAAGGCGCUGGGCUGUGCCAAGCUGCAGGUGGCCGUGACCGUGCUGCUGGUGAGGGCCCGGCUGGUGGCACAGGCACUGCAUGUGCUGGGGGAAAGUGCUGCUGCUGUGCCAGGGCUGGGCUGUGGCACCCAGGAGCUGGAACAGGAGCUGGAACUGGUGCAGGGGCUGCUGGCACAACACGGGCUGGCUCCUGUGCUGAGCCAGGACAAGGUGCUGGGGGAGCCAGGACCACCAUCUGGGGCAGCCUGACACCUCUGGGCAUGGAGUGGCAUCAUGGCAAGCCCCACAGCCACGAGGCUGCUGGCUCAUGCUGCCACGUUCCUUCAUUUGCUGGAAAUUUUCUGUGGCCCCCAGCUGGGACUACAGGUUUGGUGGUGUAACUCAGGGGAACUCAACUUGCUGUGCAGGACACACUCCCUUUGUUCCCAAUGUUUUAUAACUCUCCACGCUGAGGACACAGGUACAGCAUCACCUUGGGCUGUUCCAGCACUGCUGCUGCAGGAUCCCUGUCCUCAGUCCGGCUGGGAGGAGGAGAUGUGCACCCUGGAGCCCUCACACCCUCUUGUGCUGCUUGACUCCCAGCACCUUUUUUUAAACCAGCAGUUUGGCUCCUCUUUUGUGGCUGACCUGGGCUAUAUUAUCGCAAAUAAAGAAGCCAAGAAUA